CUGUUAACAGCUUCGGGGCGCGGGGCGGCGCAGAGCAGCGCUGCUGCCGCGGGGAGCGGAGCGGAGCGGUGCCGGGCUCCGCGCUCCCCCAGCCGCCCCGGCCCCGCUUCUCCAGCCAUGGCGGCGGCCGUGGACGACAGCACCUUGCCUUCCAUCUCCACCUUCGCCAACCUGUUGCCCAUGGAGGAGCGGCCCGCCGACAUGCUCCACAGGAUGCUGCAGCAGGACGGCGGCGUCAAGCGGGAGGAGGACGACUUGGGCAAGUUCGUGGACUUGGACUUCAUCCUGGCACACACCAGCAGCGGCGGGCAGGGGCCGCCCGGCCCCAACUACCCCCUGCCCGAGACCCCCGAGAGCUGCGGCACCACCUACGACAGCGACGGCUCCUACCCCACGCCGGGCAAAUUCCCGGCGCCUUACCCCGAGGGCCAGGGCCACAGCUACGUGGCCGAGCUGCUCACCCCGGACCUGCCCGGCCACUGCGACCCGCAACGGAGGGAGUACACGGAGCUGCGGGUGCCCGGCGGCCCCCCGCACCAUCACCCCCAUCACCACCCAGCCCUGCCGCUGCCCCGCCCGCUGCCCCUGGACCCAGCACAACCUUUCGGGCCCCGCAUCAAGAAGGAGCAGCCGGAGGAGCGCGCCUGCAUGCUGGGGCUGCCCACCGCCGACUACCUGGGGCAGGGCGAGCACAAGCCACGUGUGGCACCGGGACCGGUGCCGGGGCCACCGUUGCCUUACCCGGGCUUCCCCCACGGCCGUCUGGGUCCCCCCGAGGAGCCGCUGCCCGGCACCGACCCCCACCUCCUGGCUGAGCUGCCGCCCCACUACGCGGUGGCUCCGCAUCGCUACGCGCCCCACUUCGCCCCGCAGCCUCCACCGCCGCAGUUUCAUGGACACUUCAGUGUUUUCAGGGAGCCCCUGAAGGGGCCGGGGCCGGCGGGGCUACCUGGGCUACUGGUCACGCCUCCCAACUCGCCGGUGCUGGAGUAUUUCCCGGCCGGAGCUCCCCCCGAGGACUGUAAGCCCAAGCGCGGCCGCCGCUCGUGGGCGCGGAAGCGAACGGCCACGCACAACUGUGAAUACCCGGGUUGCGGCAAGACCUACACCAAGAGCUCCCACCUCAAGGCCCACAUGAGGACCCACACGGGCGAGAAGCCCUACCACUGCACCUGGGAAGGCUGUGGCUGGAAAUUUGCCCGCUCCGACGAGCUGACCCGCCACUACCGCAAGCACACAGGUCACCGACCCUUCCAGUGCCACCUCUGCGAGCGGGCUUUCUCCCGCUCUGACCACCUGGCUCUCCACAUGAAGCGGCACAUGUGAGCGGGGGGCCACGGCCGGACUCAGUGUCCCCAGUGCCAGCUCACGUUGUAAAUAGCGUCGGGCUGGGGAUGGCACUGGGGAGCAGCCCAGCCUGGCCGCCCAGCUGUCUCUGCUUGUAGUUGAUAACUAUUUUUCUCCUCCUGCCCCUGCUGUGAGAGCUGGGCCCAGCCGAGUGGUGGGAAAGGGCUGCUUUGGGGUGUGGAUGGGGAGCAAAGCUGCAAGAAGUGUCUCCAGCCCUUGCCCAGGUGCCACUGCUCAGCUCCCCACACCUGGGUCCCCCCCCAAGCCAGGUAACUGGUGAGCAGGGGCAGCAGGGAUCUGUCCCCAGAGCUCCUAGUUUGUAUUUGGCAUCAGUUUAAAAACCUUUCUCCCUGAAUGGUCUCGGCACCCCACUCUCUCCAGGGUCUGUGGUGGCCAAUUCUGGCCACGUUUCUGCCAGAGACGCGCAGCCGCUGAGCGUAUGGGUCAUGGCUCUGAGAAAUGCAUUGCUGGUCUUCUCGGUUGUGACCAUCAGAACAAACCAAAAGCCCAGGCUGGAUGGGGCAAGGGUGGGACCUGACUGUGGUUGGUGGCUAUAAAGGUUUGCAGGGGUUGGCAGUGCAGUGUCACCUCGCACAGGGCGCAGGGGCUCCAGUCACCAGCUCGGGACCCCACUGGGCAGUCCUGUCCUGGCCAUUCCCACAGUUUUCCUCUUGGGAGCCUAAAAUGGCUCUUGUCUGCUUUUAUUUGUCUUUUCCCCUCAGGAUGACACCAGGUACUGCUGCAGCUGCCUUCCCCAUGCUGCUUUUUUAAACUUAGUGUGUAAGGGACAGUGAGUCCAGCUAUGAAUGCCCAGGUCUCUGCUAUACUUGAAACUUUUGUAGAGGGAAAAAAAAAAAAAGAGGGAAAACUCAAAAGAAAAUGAGUCUUUUUAUGUGCAGCUUCUGCAAAGCAAGUUGUAAAUUAAACAAAGCAGUAAUAUAUAAUGUUUCUGUUUUUUAAUAUAUUUUUUUCUUCCAGCUGGGAACACAGAUGAGUCUCGGCUUUGGGAAGUGCACUGUUCCCGUCUGUGUAUAUUGUUAAUUAACAUUUCUCUGCUUGGGCACGUUAGGUCUCUCGCACUAUGAAAUGUUACUUUUCUUUAUAUGCAAACUGUUGAAAUAUUGUGAUCUGCUGUAUAAUAAAUAAACAAGACGUAAACAUGAAA